AUGAUCCAACAGUUUGGCAAUUCACUUGGCAUAAUUUGCGCACUUGGCAAAUCCCUGGUGAAGUGGCGCAUAUUUGCGCGCUCCCUUCAACUUGGCAUCGGCGAUUCUGCCGCGGGCGCGUCCUCUCGCGCGUGGUCCAGGAAACUUCACGCGCGCCGCCAGGACUCACGUGAGAACCCGUACAACUUCCUGAAUCGGCGGCGUCCAUCCACAGAGAUCGCGACGGACUCCAUCCAGAUCACCACGCCGUCCUCCAUCCACGCCAUCGUGCCGUCCUCCAUCCACGCCAUUGCGCCGGCCUCUGUCGUGGUGAGCAGAGAAGUCACGCCGGCCUCCAUCCACAUCGCGACGGCUGCAGGCGCUAAAAUGGAGUUGCAAGGAGAGGAUGAAAAUUUCCUGUCAGACAUUCUUUUCAAUGGAGAAGAAGGUACUGUUGCUGGUUUGGAUGACGUGACCUUUGGAUUCACUCAAGACACUAUACCUCAGGAGGAAGUGCAAGCUAGCCGAAGUACAAAGGGAUCAAAGAGAACUAAGAAUUUUCAUUGGAAGGAAGAUGAAGUUAUAUGCUCAGCAUGGUUAAAUGUAAGCAAGGAUCCUAUCAUCAGUGCCAAUCAAUCUCGUUCAUCUUUUUGGGGAAGAGUUUUUAAUUUUUUUGAGGAGCACAAGAAAACUACAGCUGUGAAGACAGAGAGUUCGAUUUUGCAUAGGUGGCUGACAAUUCAGUACCAAGUGAACAAGUUUUGUUCAUGCUAUGAGACCAUUCUUCGUAGGAAUGAAAGUGGUUUAACUAUCGAAGACAAGAUUAACAAAGCAAAAAAGUUGUACGUGGAAUGGGACAAGGACAACAAAACAUUUGGUCUAUUGCAUUGUUAUACCAUAUUGAAGGAGGAAGACAAGUGGAAAGCAAAGAUGAUAGAGCUUGCCGAGAUAGAGAAAGACAAACAAACAAGCAACAAAAAACAGAAGAGUACCAGCAAGGUGUCCAGGCCGAGAGAUGAAGUUACUAGUAAUGAUCAAGUUGUGGAACUUGAUCAUGAAGAAACCGUCCCAAGGAAAAGGCCAGACGGAGUAAAGAAGGCAAAAGAAAAUUUGAGGCGUCGAGGUGGCGAGGCUUGCAUGGAAGCUUUGGACAAGUUGAUGGCAAAGAAGGAGGUCUUGGACAAGGAAAAGGAGAAGGCCAGAGAGGAGAGAUUCAUGGCUUCACUAGAGGUAGAUAAGGCUUCACUAGAGCUUGAAAAGAAGCGGCUGGCAACUGAAGAAAAAAAAGCAGAAGCGAAGCUACUCAAAGAGGAAAAAGAAAUCAUGUUAGCAGACAUGUCCUCCCUCAAUCUGAUGCAACGUGAAUGGCUUGAGAAGAUGCAGAAGAAAAUUGUAGAGAGGCAGCGUGAAAAUUAAAUCUAGUUCUACCUUGUCGAAGCUUUAGUUCAAGUUAAUUUUAUUUUAGUACUUGUAUCUUGUCAAACCUUCAGUUAUGUGAGAUAUUGGACCCGUGAAUCUAUGAAUCGAUCAGGACAAA